GGCAGCCACUAAAGUCUGCCACAUCGGAUGGUAGGCCCCAACCUAACCUCACCUCCGACGACAGCAGUACAACUUCUACUGCUACACCUCCAGGCGUCGUUAUUGGUGGGGCACUAUUCAGCAGGUUCUUCCCAGUAGAGCUCCAAAUCUCGUCUCAAGAAAAGUAAUCCUACGUACAGCAGCUCCCGAGCUGCCCCUUUGCUUCACACCUACCUUAGAAAACUAGCAAUUCACUGAAGUGCAGCAUGUUAGCAGAAAAGUUAGUCAAGUCUAAGUAAUGAAGAGUGAGCGUUCACGAGGUAACGAGGAGGGCUUUUGCUGUACUUAUAGAUGUUUGUUUCACUGAAAUCAGUACUUGUUCCAAGAUUGAACACCAGCAGAUGGGUUCAAUGGCAGGACGAUGAGCACUAUUUUUGUUGCUGUGACCAUCUGAUUCUUGUUGUUUCCCCUUGGUACGUAUGUUGUUGCGUCCUUUUUAGAACUUACUAUUUGAUUUUGAGACAUCCCUAUGAUCAGCAUCAGAAAUCUUCAAUCCGAUGGCGUUCUUAAUACUGUUGUCGUUUCGAACUCCGCGACAAAAAAGCACCGAAGAACGAAGCAAGUGCGGCACAACGAUUUCCUAAAUUCGGGGGGCAUCAUGAUUGUCAACAGAACCUAA